AUGUCAGCAUCGUUGAUUAAUCGUUCAUUGACUAACAUUAGAACUGAACUAGAUUUCUUAAGAGAAUCAAAUGUUAUUUCCGAUGAGGUAUUUAAUAAAAUCAAUGAUUCCUUACCUGAGAAAUACAAUCCAAAUGCAUCCAGGGAUUCCGUUAACUCCAAUGAACAAGAAUACGUAGAGGCCAUAUAUGAUUUCCCACCACAACAAGAUGGUGAUUUAGAAUUGAAAACGGGCGAUAAAGUCCUAAUUAUAGAAAAACCUUCUAAGGAAUGGUAUAAGGGUAAAUGUAAUGGUAAAGUUGGUAUGUUCCCAUCGAACUAUGUCAAACCUGCAUUCUCAAAUACUGCACCAAGAGAUUCAAGUUCCAUUUCAGGUCCACCAAGAUACACAAAUGAUAACAAGUUAGAGCAACAAUUCACGAAUCACUCAUCUUCUCAAGCAUCAUACCAACAAGCUCCACAACAACAAUCUCCUUUCCCACCGCCAUCGACUAACUAUUACCAACAACCACCCGCCCAACAGAUUGUCUACCAACAGCAACCUCAAGCUCAACCCCAACAAGUCAUUGUUGAACAACCACAACAACAGCACAGCAAUGGUUCUAGCCAAAUGAAAAAGUUUGGUAGCAAACUAGGUAAUGCUGCUAUCUUUGGUGCUGGUGCGACACUAGGUAGUGACUUGGUUAACAGUAUAUUCUAG